CUUCCUGUCUGUCUCUCUGCAUCUCAGUGCAAAACUGAGCGCAGUGAAAGCCGAGUAUUCAUUCACGGACCUUGACUGGUGCCACUGAAACCUGGAGGCUCAGUAGUGAUUCAGCAGCACAACAGAGCAGCGGACCGGAGACAGAGGAGUAAAGGAAGGAAGGAAGGAAGGAAAGAAGACAAGGAGCAGAGAAACGAGAGAUGCGCGCUGGGUUGGAGCCGUUUUUCAUUUCUGAACAAUAAAACCAGGCGAAGGAGGGUUUUAUAAACUGACGAAAAGUUCUCUUAUUUCAAUUAAAACCGCUUGUGCUAAAAUAAAUGAAUAAAUAUAACAAAUUGACCAACUAAUUUGGAUUUCAGUGGAUUUCGCGGAUGAAUCGAGCGCAAAGGACCUAUCCAGGGGUGUAGUACCCGUGUUGGUUCUCGUGCGCCUUUUGCGCUGGUGGAGGCUGUGUUUCUGUGUGUGUGUGCGCGCGAGAGGUGGUGGAGGAUUAGCCGGAGUGGCCGACCAGUCAGAAGGAUGCUGGAGGGCAAUGCCUGCAGAAAGAGAGGAUGAGAUUUGUCGAAAGGCGCUGGAACUGCUUUCCGAUCUGUGCUCUAAGGGAGAGGUGCAGAACGACAACUGCCUGGAUUUCAUUUACUACUUCAGAGACCUGGCCAGACCGCGUUACACGGACUCAGAUGUAUCAGUGAGCCUGUUGUCCCUGCUGGUGACCACCUGCGGUCUGGCUCUCUUCAGUGUCUCCCUCUUUGUCUCAUGGAAGCUGUGCUGGGUGCCCCUGAGUGGACGUUUCCUCCCUGAUGUCCUCAAGGGGACGCACUUCCUGGGAGGAGACCAACAGCCCGUGCUCACUGAGGUGGAUGGGGAGGAAAGGGAGUACAGUGAGGAUGGCUGUGUGAAGGAACCUUCAGGGCUGCCCACGACUGUGGCUGUCCCAGAGUCAGCCCUAAAGAUAAGCCACACAUCACCUGACAUCCCACUGGAGACCCAGGCCAAGGUGGAGAAAAACCAGGUCCACACUCUGGCCAGGGACAGGGUCCAGAGACAGAUUACUGAGCCUACCUCGUCUGUACGGCACAACUCCAUCCGUCGUCAGAUGAACUUGUCCAAUCCAGAUUUUAACCCUGCUCAGUUCCAGCGGCAGGAGUCUCUGUCUGGUUUGGGCCGAAUCAAACCAGAACUCUAUAAGCAGCGUUCAGUGGACGCAGAAGAUGGGCGUCACAGUGACAGCUGUGGGCGUCUCCAUUUCAUCUUGAAGUUUGACUUUGACUUGGAACAACUAAUUGUGAAGAUCCACAAGGCCCAGGACCUUCCCGCCAAGGACUUCUCAGGUACCUCCGACCCUUAUGUCAAGAUCUACCUGCUGCCUGACCGCAAAACCAAGCACCAGACCAAGGUGCACCGCAAGACGCUCAACCCAGUGUUCGAUGAGGUGUUUCUCUUUCCUGUGGCAUAUGCAGAGCUGUCAAGCCGAAAGCUGCAUUUCAGUGUCUACGACUUUGACAGGUUUUCACGCCAUGAUGUGAUAGGCCAAGUGGUGGUGGACAACUUCCUGGAUCUUGCUGACUUUCCCCGGGAGACAAAACUGUGCCGAGACAUACAAUAUGUAACCUCGGACAAUGUGGACCUGGGAGAGCUGAUGUUCUCAUUGUGCUAUCUCCCCACGGCUGGCAGGCUUACCAUCACAAUGAUUAAAGCCAGAAAUCUCAAAGCCAUGGACAUCACUGGAGCCUCAGAUCCAUACGUGAAAGUGUCUCUGAUGUGUGAAGGCCGGAGGUUGAAGAAAAGGAAGACGUCAACAAAGCGUAACACUCUGAAUCCUGUGUACAAUGAAGCCAUUGUGUUUGAUGUUCCUCCUGAGAACAUUGACCAGAUCAGCUUGCUCAUAGCUGUCAUGGACUAUGAUCGGGUUGGACAUAAUGAAGUGAUCGGAGUGUGCAGGGUCGGCAAUGAGGCUGAGAGUCUGGGACGAGACCACUGGAAUGAAAUGCUGACGUACCCACGGAAACCCAUCGCACACUGGCACCCACUCAUAGAGUGGGUCGGACAGGGAGCAGCGGGGAGUGGAAGCCAAGGUGGAUCCACCAAUUCGCUGAAGACACCACCAUCACCAUGACCACACAAGCACCCAUACACUAAUACCAACACAGAUAAACACACUUACAGGGUGGUAGAAUGAUGGAUGAUAGACUUGCGGAUAGUUCUACUGAAAUGUUAAUAAAUAAAGUACAAGGUAUGACUAACAAGCGACUACAGUAGUAACAUCAGGUAUAAGCCAUUACUCAAACUGAUGUGUCAUUAAAUUGAACUAGGCUUUAGUGUGCUUAAGACUACAAAGGCUAAUACCCUCUCCUUACUUCCUCAUGUGUCUUCACAACCAAAAAACACUUAACUACAUUCCAACUGAACUACUAUUCAUCAUUUUGAAUUGUUACUGACAGUAUUAACAGGUUGAGAAUAUCUAAAAGGUCAAGCUUUGUUUUGUUAAACAAAUUCCAGUUUGUGGACCAAAAUUCAUUCAUUUUUAGGUGAACAUGUGAAGCUGUGGCUAGUGAUUUGUGUGUGUGAUCAGCUAUCAUUGAUACAGUGAGAGUUAGAUAGGCAGACUUACUCAUUUAGAGGUAAGAGGGCAUUCCUGUUCACAUCAACAAAGUUUUAGUUCUUUGUUGUUGAGUUGAACACUGAAAUCUCUCAUGCACUGGUUAUAAAGUAUUAGUAACUGGAUUGUUUCCAUUCUGAAAUUAUAAUUGCCCUAUGUUUUCUUCUUUGAUUGGGACCACACCCUGUGGUUAUUUUAAUAAGCCAGUGUUAGGUUUUUCUUUUGUUUGUUUUGUUUUUGUUUUUUUUUUUUUCAAUUCAGUUUAUUACCAGUAUUGUUUAUGUCUUUGUAUUGAACACUGUCACACAUAAUGAUGGCGAUUUCUUCUGUGUUUGUAGGGACAGUGCAUGCAUUUUCCAUGAGUCAUUUUAAAAUCUCUCUUCUGUUGUGAGGUACUAAUCAUAUUGUAAACCCAAGAUGUAUUAUGAACCUAAGGCAGACUGUGUUAAUUGUCCAUUCAGAUGUUAUUAAUAAAUAUUUCUAUAUAUUGCAAGGAUUGAUUUAUGGGGCAUGUGAGAUGCAGAGAGAAAAUGUCUCAGGAAGUCAGAUAGAUAGAAUGAGACAGACACAUAAAAACACAUACAGAUAGCAGACAUUUUUUCCACCUCGCACCUGUGCUGUGAGCUCUCCCAGCAGACCACUGUGACUGAAAGUCCAAGAGCUUCUGACAACACACACGCUUUCACUUUCUGUGACAAGAUAUGACCUCAUGGCUGAAGUAAGUAAGCAAGCUGCAUUAAGGGGUUGUGGGUGGGGUUCAGUUGGGCACAGUGCAAUGACAUAUUAUCACGUCAUAAAGUUGAUGUGUCAGCAUGAGAGAGUUGGGUAAUAAUUUGUCACUACAUCAGUAUAAACAACCACUUCACACAGUCCUUUUAACCCUUAGUUAUAUAAAAUAUUUAUCAGUGCUUUAUGGUGACCAUCUCACCUUCCUGAAAACAUAAAGAUCCCUAAACUCCCAGUGGUGUGUAAAAUGUAUUUUGCUUGUGGUGGCUUUUGUUUUUUAUAAAACUCUUGAACCUCGACAACUCCAUCUGUCACUCCUGGAUUCAUGUACCUUUGCAGGUGUUAAAUAUGAAAUUAUGUAGAGAACAAAGAAGUGUUAAACAAUAUAUAUAUUUUAUAUUUUAGAUUCUUCAAAGUAGCCACCUUUUACUUUGAUAACAGCUUUGCACUCUUGGCAUUCUCUCAAUCAGAUUCAUGAGGUAGUCACCUGGAAUGGUUUUCCAACAGUCUUAAAGGAGUUCUGAGAAGUGCUGAGCACUCGCUGGCUGCCUUGCCUUCACUUUGCGGUCCAACUCAUCCAAAAACCGUCUCAAUUGGGUUUAGGUCAGGUAUUUGUGGAGGUCAGGUGAUCUGAUGACUCAUCACUCUCCUUCUUGGUCAGAUAGCCCUUACAUAGCCUUGAUGUGUGUUUGGGGUCAUUGUCCUGUUGUAAAACAAAUGAUGGUCCCACUAAGCACAAACCAGAUGGGAUGGCAUGUCACUGCAGAAUGCUGCAGUAGUCAUGCUGGUUAAGUGUGACCUGAAUUUUGAAUAAAUCACCAACAGUGUCACCAGCAAAGCACCUCCACACCAUCACACCUCCUUGUCCAUGCUAAAUGGUGGGAACCACACAUGUAGAAACCAUCUGCUCACCUUUCCUGCAUCUCACAAAGACGUUGCAGGUGGAACCAAAAAUCUCAAA